GCUAAAAGCCUAUUUUGUGGGUUUUUGCAAAGGGGAGAGCUGGGUUUUGGAUCCCAAACACCCAAGGGACGAACCAAAGAGAGAGAGAGGGCGAUUUGAGGGCAUUCUUGGAGUGGAAUUGGAGGAUUUCUUUGCCUUGGAAGCUCGAGGAACAAGCCCGGACUUGAAGACUGAUCAUCUGAAGAUUCUUACUGCAGUCUCUCUGAUCUCUAUGGAGUAACUUCCCUUCACUUAGGUUUUGAGGAACCCUAGCUAUGUUUGUUUGAUUGGAUGAUUGUAUGAGUACUCUGACUUGAUAAUCUUGAGUUCAUAUUCAAUCUAUGCAUGUUUUCAUGAUUCAAUUCUGCUUUAGUCGAGAUUAUUGAUUCUGCUUUGAUCCUAUGAGAGGGAAUACCUGAUUAGGUCAAUAGAGCACCAUAGAUUGAUAGUAGUGGUUCGAUUGCUUUAGUCGAGGGUUGAUUCACUGCUUUGUAUCGAUUGAGAACCUCUUUCGAUAGAGGGAGUCUAGUUCAGAACGCCUUGAUCAGUUGUUCUAGAGAAGGAUACGUCCCUCUAGGCAAUUGACUCAAGAGGGCCUUGUUCCUUUAGUCGAGACUCAAGGUCUAGUCAAGGAUUCUCCGCAUUGUGAAUGAAAGUGAAACAAGUUAGAAAUCAUCAAUCGUUAGUCUGGCUAGUGGCUAGGGGGAAUCAUACCUAAGUGAGUUCCCAACCUGUAAUUAGAUUAACUUUAACUGUAGUUUGCUAGAGUAGUUUUAGUUCUUUCAUCUUAAUCUGGUUUGCUAAAUAAUAAACUGAAGCUGAGUAAUAGUAACUCUAGAGACCCGCGGAUUCGAUAUUUAUCACUUGAGCCACUAUACUGCAUCUCUUCCAUUGGUUACACUUGGCCAUUGUUAGGUGUUGUGUCGUAGCGAGUCAGGCACUUAUUUGCUAUUCAGAAAGAUUUAACAAGGCAAAAGAAACUGGUGGCAAGUUUAGUAUUAGACAACGGGCCACAAUCUCUACCAAACAGCAACAGGUUCCAACGCCGCUUGGUUGAGUCAGGUGGGGAACUACUUCAGUUACUGUUUUGCGAGUUGAGGGGUAGUGACAGUGACCUCGAAUUCUUACAAGUUUUCAAAUUGCACAAGUCCAGGUCCUCGUCGCCAUCGUCUACUUAUUAUUCAUGGGUUCAAGUUAAGAGUUUGGAAGGACGAGCCAUCUUCUUCUGUUACCCCAACAACUGUUUCUCCUGCAUCCCCCCGCCAGGCCACAAAGGACCAAAACCCAAUUGUGUUUACUUCGUUCGCGAUCAUUACCGAAUCAUUUCUUUUGAUGUCGAAACAGGGCAAUCCUCAUAUUUCAUGCUCGCCCCUCCUGAAGCAGACCUCCACGAUGACUCUGGCCUAUCCUCCAUCUUCUUCCUUAGCUACGAUCGCGGCCAAACUACUAGUACUAGUCGCCAUUGUAGCUCGGCUGCUAUCGAGAAUGGUGGCACUCGGGCACAUCAAGCAAUUGAGUAUCAAGAGAAGGAGGACAGAGUCGCAUCGUCGUCAUCCAAGACUGUAUCGAUACUGGACCUUCCUCUAGACAUGCUUCACAAUAUAACCAGACGUUUGACUGUGGUGGGUGAUUACAGGAGCUUGCACAGUUCUUGUAAGACAUUGAGAUCGAUAGCACCGUUGAUGACUACCUUGGACGGCCUAGCACUCCAGUCUCCCUCAACGUAUCCAUGGUUCUUCUUCUUUCAGCACCACACGACAAGCCUCCAUCUCCACGACUUGAGAUGUAGAAACACAUUCACCAAUCCACGACAACUGCUUCCCAAAUCUCCAUCGUCAAAUUCAACUACUUGUAUUGUCUUCUCCAAAGAGCGUUGGUUGCUGACGUGCAUGGAGCAUGACAUCUUCGAACCCGCUGUGAAUCCAUUGCCUCAACCAGUGUUUUUGUUUACAUUUUGGAAUCCUUUUACAGAGGAAGUUUGGAGUGUUCCUGAGAUGAUAUACCCUCCUUCCCCUAUAAGCAUUGGGGUCUCGGCCGCACCUACGUCUCCACAUUGUUCCAUUAUGGGAGUAGCGCAAAGUAUGAAAGACUAUGGUGGCAUAUGGUUCCAUUUCUUGAAAUUGAAUGAGGGACAGUGGCAUUACUUGGAGGACGCGGAGGCGAAUUUUGAACCUAGCGACCACAACACACCGGUUUUUCUAGACGAUAAGUUCUAUUUCCUGGAUAAGAAGAGAAAACUAGGUGUUUUCAACUGUCGCAGUGGCGUCGAGGGGCUAUACGAAUGGGAACGCGACGUGUACCCGUGGAAGCUCCUAUCUCAUCACGUCGUGGAUCCUAACGAGGACCUUAAAUUUAAGAGGGAGUAUCUAGUGGAAUGUGAAGGUGAAAUCAUGUCUAUACUAGUGGGUGAUCUCGGCAAGUCAAUUUUAGUUUACAGGUUCGAUCGACAGAAGAAGGGUUGGUGGAGAGUAAACAGCUUGGGAUCAAACAUGGUGUUUCUGAGCAACACAUCAUGUUUCUCGACUAUGGCAAAAAUUUCAGGAAUGGAAAACAAAAUAUACUUUCCUCGACUUUCUGCCAAAGGAAGCAUUGUGUUCUAUUUGCUGGAUACGCAUAAAUAUCACACGUUCGACUACGAUGAUGCGAUGGAAGACUUCCUACCUACUAGUGAAGUGCACAUUUGUGGUUGGAUAGAACCUAAAGGCUAGCAGCACACUUACUGAUGAGUGAAAAGAAGUAGUGAUUGUUGAAGAUUUAGCAUUAUAAUAAUAUAUUGUUGUUGGGGGUGUUACUAAAUACUCCACGCGCGGACUAAAUAAGGGCGCGCUCAAUCGGUAACGUGCUCCGGACGAACGCCACUACGAAGUAUUUAAAGGCAUGAAACUCCCCAUUGAGGGGGACUUCUCCUCUCUCCUCACUUUAACUACGAAGUAUUUAAAGGCAUGAAACUCCCAAUUGAGGGGGACUUCUCCUCUCUCCUCACUUUCCACUUUCUACUAUCUCUCUACACUUUAUCUCUCUAUCUAUUCUCUCAACUCUCUCCACAAACAUACACUAACUUGAUCGUCGGAGCUUAAUCCGGGGGGCAACCCCGGCACUUUUCACAGGUUUCUUCCCUCCCGACGAGAUCAGACGAACGGAUCAUGAGUCAACCCCACACCAACAAAUAUUAUUGUUCAUACCGGAGCAAGAUGGUACAAACAAUUGGCGCCCACCGUGGGGCUUGAUUCAUCGAUUUUGUUCGAUUGAUCUUUGAGGGAUACUACAUUCCGUUCUCCACUCCAGCACUCAAACUGGAUUUCACCUUCUCUGAUGAAAGAACUCUGCUCAUUCUCGAAGUGAAUCAACAUCCCCCGCCACU